GUUAAUUCAAAAUAAAUGUUUACCUCUAGAUGCCGUUUGGUGUAUUCAUAACCCGUUAUUCCAUAGCGCCAAAAUUUUGGCUAAGAGAGAUAUUUUGUGCUUUGGAUCUUUAAAAAUUGUAAAGAGUUUGACAAGCGCCAGCAGCUAAUCACGUAUCGGUUUGUUGUUGGUAGUUAUUUGGUGAUAGACGUAUUUCGGUUUUCCUCUGUUGUACUUUUGAAUGGUUAAAGACCGACUACCUGAACUUGAGGCUCGUAUUAAGGUCAGAAAUGAUAAAAUCAACAGGAAAAAUGUAGACUUUGACUUUUCUGAACUGGAUAUUGCUGUUUUUGAUCAAGUCAAUGAACUUCAUUCUGAUAUUGAAAAUUUACAGCAAGAUAUUGAUGCAAUUGACAGGCUACAAAGGGACAUACUGGCCACACCUCAACAGGAUCAAAAACUAGAUAGUCAGGUUAAUGAACUUACCAAUUCUAUCCAAAAAAGGGUUUAUAAAAUUCAGCGUUCUCUGAAAGAAUUAGAGCAGCAGAAUGAUGAUAGACUUCUAUCCGGAUUGUCUGGUAAAUGUCGUCUAAAGUCGUCUCAGUAUGCUGCUAUUUCUCGACAAUUCUUCCUCAUUAUGAACAAAUAUAAUCAGUUACAAGUAGAUUAUCGUGACAAGUGUAAAGCCCGAAUUCGAACUAAGCUUCAUAUUGCUGAAGUGUCAUUUUCAGAAGAUGAAGUUGAAAAGAUGCUAGAACAAAACCAUACUGGUAUUUUUACACAGGCUAUAAUGGCUGAAACCGAAGCUGCAAAGCGAUCAUUAUCAGAUAUAGAAGCUCGUCAUGCAGAUAUUAUACGGCUGGAAAAAAGUAUCCAGGAAAUGAGAGAACUAUUCCUCAAUGUUGCUCUUCUAGUUGACCAACAGGGGGAUUUGAUCGACCAGGUUGAAUACAGUUUGAACAAGGCAUCUGACUGUGUUGUAAAUACAAAGCGUACACUUUCAUCAGCUAUAAAUAGAAAUAGGAAGAAUCGUCGUUGCAAAAUAAUCUGCAUUACAUUGGGUGUUGUUCUCGCCAUUUUGAUCCUGAUCUCAUUAGCCUCCGCAAUCGGUUUAACACGAUGAUCAAUACUGCGUUAUGUACAUAAAGAUGAUGUUUGGAAACAAUGGAUUGCAGUUUCCCAAGUUUUAUCUUUAAUACGCCUCGAUUCAUAUCAUUCAAAGGAUUAAUUAUGAAUAUGAUAUAUAUGAUGCUUGUGCAUGGAGACAUCUUUUUUUACUUCUAUCUGCCUUAUUUUGUACAGAAAAGAUUAAAAAAAAGCGAUGAGUCAGAUCAAUCGUUCUUAUUAUUAGUUUUUGUGAACAAUACCAAUUAUGAUGAUCACAUCCAUUAUUAUUAUUAUUAUUAUUGUAAAUAUUUGCAGCAUUUUUAUUUUAGCCAUCUUUUAUUUCCACAAUUACUUCAGCUUUAAAACAUAUGCUAACGCUUGCAUAAAAAUGUUUCGUUUUUUUGAAUAUAUAUAUUUAUACAAACAUUUAGGCAUUUAAUCAAUAAAGAUAUAAAUUUCACUGUUCUAUCAAAAUCUAUAAAAGAGAUUGAUUGUUUUUUAAUAAAUAUUUCAACCAAGUC